AAACCCUCUUGUGCAAUAGAUGGAUCUUGUUCAAUGCAUUGAAGCCUCCUGGUUGCUUGCAAUCGCAAAAAGGAAGACAUGACUGAGUUUGACGAUUGCAGUCACGGCACAUCCAAUAUGUAUCUGCCAGGGUGCGCCUAUUACGUCUCACCCUCAGAUUUCUCGACGAAGCCCUCUUUUUUGUCUCAAUCGUCGUCCUGUCAAAUGACUUUUCCUUAUUCUUCUAAUUUACCUCAUGUUCAACCUGUGCGCGAAGUAGCAUUCAGGGAAUACGGAUUAGAGCGCAGCAAAUGGCAGUAUAGGGGCAGUUAUGCUCCUUAUUACUCAGCUGAAGAGGUGAUGCACAGAGACUUUCUGCAGCCUGCGAACAGGAGGACGGAAAUGUUGUUCAAAACGGACCCUGUCUGCGGCCACCACGGACCGUCUCCCGCCGCCUCCAACUUCUACAGCUCGGUGGGGAGGAACGGCAUCCUGCCGCAAGGCUUCGACCAGUUUUACGAGACAGCCCCCGGACCCCCGUACCAGCAGCACUCCGAGAGCGAGGGGGACGCGGAGAAGGGCGACUUGAAAGCCCAGAACAGCACUUGCAGUAAAACACCUUCCAGCCAGGAGAAGAAAGUGACACCAGCAAACAGCGCCGAUUCCCCUUCUGGUGAGGCUGUUGCAGAGAAGAGCAACAGUUCAGCAAUUCCCCAGCGAUCAAGGAAAAAGAGGUGCCCCUAUACCAAAUAUCAGAUAAGAGAACUGGAACGGGAAUUUUUCUUCAACGUGUACAUAAACAAAGAGAAGAGACUGCAGCUGUCCAGAAUGCUCAACCUCACUGACCGGCAAGUUAAAAUCUGGUUCCAGAAUCGAAGGAUGAAAGAAAAGAAACUGAACAGAGAUCGACUCCAAUAUUUCACAGGGAAUCCCUUGUUUUAAAAAAAAAAAAAAAAAAAAAAAAGAAAAGAAAGAAAGAAAGAAAAAAAAAAAGAAAAAAGAAAAA